AAAAUGGAAGGCCUGCCUGAUGCUGCUGCUUUUGCAACUAAACUUAAAAACACUCUCAUCCAGUACCAUAGCAUCGAAGAUGAUAAGUGGCGAGUUGCCAAGAAAACGAAAGAUGUAACAAUUUGGAGAAAACCUUCAGAAGAAUUUAAUGGAUACCUUUUCAAAGCCCAAGGUGCUAUAGAUGACAGCGUCAAUAGUGUCAUAGACCAUAUACGCCCAGGUCCCUGUCGCUUGGAUUGGGACAGCUUAAUGACUUCAAUGGACAUUUUGGAACACUUUGAAGAGAAUUGCUGUGUGAUGCGUUACACUACUGCUGGUCAGCUUUGGAAUAUAAUUUCCCCAAGAGAGUUUGUUGAUUUCUCCUACACUGUGGGCUAUGAAGAAGGGCUUUUGUCCUGUGGGCUAAGUGUUGACUGGAGUGAAAAGAGACCAGAAUUUAUUCGUGGAUAUAACCAUCCUUGUGGUUGGUUUUGUGUUCCACAUAAAGACAAUCCACACCAGAGUCUUUUGACAGGCUACAUUCAGACGGAUCUGCGCGGGAUGAUUCCUCAGUCUGCGGUAGAUACAGCCAUGGCCAGCACUUUAGUCAACUUCUACAGUGAUUUACAAAAAGCCCUACAAAAGGCAUAAUACAUUUAAACUUGUAAUACGAUAGUCCCCCAAAUCAACUUUUUCUCUCAGCUCCAUGGCCUGUGAAAAUCAUCCUUUCCUCUCUUCUUUGUAGCCUAUAGAAAAAUUUGAGAUGAUUUGCUGGUUUAUUUUAUUCCUAAAGUAAAUAGUUAUCUAAGAGAGGGCAUUUCCAUUUUCUUAGACACUGACUGCCACACUGUUUGGUACAG